AUGGAGGACCUCUUCGGCUUCGUCAUAGCAGAGCUCGAGAGGAAGAGCACGCUGGAUCCGAAUGAAUUCGAAGCCCACUUCUUGGAAUGCAAGCGGCAAUCUCGCACCUACGUUCUGGAAGACCGGUGUCCUUCCAACGAGGAUCCCAUGGUCUGGGUUCCCAUGCGCUACAACGACGACACCAUCCUCCUGAAGCAGCAGAGGCUGGCCCAUGAGCUCUGGAUGGACGUCCUGUCCGUCGAGGCCUUGGGAGCCCGGAAGCAGGUUUUGGCCUUCGGAUCCAGGUUUUUUUGA